AUGAAUGACAUCUACAAAGCUGCGGUAGAGCAGCUCACAGAUGAGCAGAAAAGUGAGUUUCGGGCGGCCUUCGACAUCUUUGUUCAGGAUGCUGAGGACGGCUGCAUCAGCACAAAAGAGCUGGGUAAGGUGAUGAGGAUGCUAGGACAGAACCCCACUCCAGAAGAGCUGCAGGAGAUGAUCGAUGAAGUGGAUGAGGAUGGCAGCGGUACGGUGGACUUUGAGGAGUUCUUGGUGAUGAUGGUGAGGUGUAUGAAGGAUGACAGCAAGGGGAAAUCAGAGGAAGAACUGGCUGAACUCUUCCGCAUGUUUGAUAAGAAUGCGGACGGUUAUAUUGACCUGGAUGAGCUGAAGUUGAUGUUGGAGGCCACGGGGGAGACCAUCACUGAGGACGACAUCGAUGAACUGAUGAAGGAUGGCGACAAAAACAAUGAUGGCAAAAUUGACUAUGACGAGUUCUUGGAGUUCAUGAAAGGUGUGGAAUAAGUGUUAAAAAUCAAAGAAGACUUUGCUUACCUUUCGACUCAACUGCUUCGCACUCAGAUUCAAAGGAACGCCAAAGAAAAGAGCUUUGUGGUUUAUUUAUCUCAAACAUGUCAAUGAGGAUUUCAACAAUAAUGCAAUGUGUAUGAUUGAAAAUGCCUGUUUUUUUAUAUAAAAGCCUUCUAUUUGUGAAUGUAUGUUUGUAAUGUUUGUAACCAGAGUCUAAAGACUGAAUGUCUGUAAAGAUUAUUGUAGCGUGAGCUGAAUUGUUUUUAUCUGGUAGAUGCUAAACAGUGUAGAAAACAUUUUACCUCAGGAGGAGUUGGGGCCUUUAGAUAUGCUGCCUUAAUCUGGAAUCUCUCAGAGAUAACAUCCAAGAUGGCCUAUUUUAAAAUCAAAGCUUUGUAAUCCUUAAAGUUUGCCUUAACAAAUCAAUGCUAUAUGUUAAGCAUUUCUCUUUUCUUAGAGGCUAACUCUAGAUUUCUGCUAAGUGGAGAAAUAAAACAGGUAAUAAUUGUGCGAGAACACAGAAGACAGUGCUUUGUGCCUGAGUUGCCUGUUUUGCUUUGCUGAAUUAGGUCUCCAGAAAUUAUUAAAUUUGAUUCAAGUUU